AUGGAUAGGUUCCUAAUAAACAAAAAGGAAGCGAUGCCCAGGUAUGCACCAAGAGGGGUUUAUGGCCUUGGAAUCAAAGAGACAAUGCAUGAAGUAGGAUUUUGCUACCCUCUAGACGAAAGUCCAUAUUUAAGCACAAUUGAAGGCCAAAGCCUCGGGCCAAAAAUAAUCAUUCAGCCAUACAGACAGCUGAAGGUCAAGUCUCUCCCCGACGACUUCUAUAGCAGCUUGAUCGACUGGUCUGGGGAGAAUGUAUUCUUCACUGCUGACAGCUGCUUGUUUGUACACAACUUUUUUUCCUCGAAGACAUUGCAAGUUUGCAAUCUUAGCAGUCUCGGAAUAACAUCUGUAAAGUGCAACCCAACUACUAGCACCGUCGCCCUUGGGACAUCUAUCGGCGUUAUGCUGAGUGUUGAUAUGGGCUCUCUAAAGAUGACAAGGUAUUCAUUUCAUAGAUCAAGAAUAGGCGUGAUAGAAUCUGAGAACACAAACAUUAUAACAGGAAGUAGAGAUAGAAAAAUAAAGAUAACAGAUCUUCGUUCUGAAAAGGCUGUGGCGACUAUUCUGAAUCAUAGGCAAGAAGUAUGUGGCCUAAGUAUAAGCAAGGAUCUUAGGUUUUUGGCAUCUGGUGGAAAUGAUAAUAGACUCUAUAUUUAUGACUACAGGAACUUGGCACAUCCUCUUAAACAGUGCUCUAACCAUAAAGCUGCUGUAAAGGCAAUAAGCUGGUCACCUCUCUCCCCGAACUUGUUAGUAUCCGGAGGAGGAACUGCUGACAAAACAAUCAAGUUAUGGGAUAUAAGCCUGAUAAACUCAAGCAGGCCAAGCCCAUGCCUGAUAAGGUCAGUGGAUUACGGUUCUCAAAUAUGCAAUCUAAGAUGGCUUAAGUCCAACAAAAUCCUUAGCACACAUGGAUACUCAAAGGAUGACAUCAGGCUAUCGCAAAUGUCCUCCUUCAAAGUAGAAAGAUACUUUCUUGGCCAUAAGAACAGGGUGAUUCACUUCUCUUGUUCAGAUGAUGAGAAGUAUUUUGUUUCGGGGUCCUCAGACUCCAACAUAAACUUCUGGGAGUUGGAUGGAGAGAAGGAUGACGAAAUAAAAAUUAGAUAG